AUGGCUGGAUCGACAGACGACAAACAACAAUCAGAACACAAUGCGAAGGAACUCUCGAAUGGUUACGGCCCCAGCUUUGCAACAGCUGUUCCGAAAUGCCCAAUCACUUAUCGGAGGCCGCCAGCAGUGAAUGCAGACAAAAUACUUGAAUCACCAGGGGUUGCACAUGCAAAUUUUGCUCCUUCAAUGGAUGAACCCGAUGGGAGCGUCGAGUAUUCGGAAAAGUACAAGGACUAUACUGUCUUGCAGCAACAUGUACUUUUCUGGGACCGCGAUAACGACGGUGUUAUCACUCCGGUGGACGUAUGGGUGGGCUUCCGCGACCUGGGGUUCAAUAUUCCGACCUGUAUUCUGGCAUCUACGGUUAUUCCUUUUGCUUUUUCAUAUGGUACUGUUAUGCAGUAUUCGUAUAUUCCUGAUCCCUUCUUCCGCCUCUACGUGGGCGGUAUGCACAAAGCAAAGCAUGGCUCCGACUCUGGCAUCUACGAUGGUGAAGGACGCUUCAUACCACAGAAGUUUGAGGAUGUGUUCACAAAUUGCAGUGCGAGAAAGGACGAUACCCUUACGUUUAAGGAAGUCUUUGGCCUAAUGAGUCGGAACCGAUGCGCGGUUGAUCCGUUUGGCUGGACUGCAUCGUUCUUUGAAUGGGUUACGACUUGGAUGCUAUUAGCAAAGGAUGGUAAGAUCCAUAAGGAAGAUCUUCGGCGAGUGUAUGACGGGUCCCUGUUUUGGGACAUUCGGGAGAAGCGGCAAUCAGGAGAGGGAUGGAAGCAGGGUUGGGGGCUUGGUGGAGAUGGGUUCAUCGGGUAUGAGCAACGACUAAAUCCUCGAAAGAUUAUCGCCUAG